UCUGUUUGCAGUCAUUUUCACGUGUGAGUUUAAACGUUGAGUUGGCAGGCACGGCCAGCAGCAGCUGAUUUGGAUUUAAAGUGACAAGACGCCCUAAAACAGCUCAUUCCAAAAAGAUCUCAAAUCAGACAGAAUUGAGCAGACUGACAUAUCAUUAUCUAAGAAUGUAUCAAAAAAUGUAAUUAACAUAUUUUGUAUCACCCAUAGACUGAUCUUGUUCAAGGAGGCAAAAUAGGUAGCAUAGGUAGCAUUAUUGUUAGAACCAACCCGAUAGUUGGAGCGUCCUUAAGGCUGUUGGAAGGGAAAAUCGGAUCAAAAACUUGACAUAAAUACCUUUCCAUGUGAAAAAAACAAAAAAAAACAGAGAAAAACAGAACCAACCAGAAUCUUGCCCAACUGAGCUGGAACCAAGCUUAGUCAGUAUUCCAGAUUUGAGUUGUGAUAAAUGUUUUUGUGGCAGAAGACUUCAAAAGUACAAAAGACAAAGAAGCAAACAUCUUUCUGGUACUGCAGCUUUCUAAUUCAAGUCUUCCUCUUGCAGUAACAACUUCCACACCGAAGAGGGAUCAAAAAAAGAUCUGAUUUUCCAAUUUCUGAGAGGUCUGUGUUUUUGUUGAGCCCCAGACAAAACCGUCUGCGUGUAGCAGAGUUCAAACAUCACAAAGUUUGAUGUUCUGCACACAUAUGGUGCAGCAAAUCCAGCUGAAGGCUGCUCUCGUCUCUCACCCUCGCCACACAUACUGUACAUGCAUGUGUUUGUUUUUUUAAGCCUGGAAGGAGGAGGCACCCAGAAAGAGCCACAGCGAGUGAGCCGUGAAGGGAGGGAUUAGAAGGAGAGUUCAGCUCUGAACUUGUCCAUGUGGAUUCGAAGCCGGUCGCUUCUGUUUCUCCACAUAAAGCAGCAGCAUGCCGUGCAGGAAAUAACUCUUUGAAUCCCACCCUGCUUUCAUUCCCUGUCGCUCCCUUCCCUCGGACUGGAGUCAUGCCCCCGAAUCGCGCCGUGGAGGGCUUCCCUCCGUCUGCCCGCGUCUCACUGGAGACAUGUUGCAGAGGAGAGCAGAGAGACGUCAGGAGCCGAGGAGCAGAGGAACGCUCGCUGGAGGAAGAGGACAAUUAGUGGAAACCGAAGCAGAGGGGGAACUCACAGGAAUUGCAGAGAUGAGUUUACCGACUAACUGUAUGUACCUGGCGCCCUCGGUCCAGGAUCGCUGCUUCAAAGUGCGGAGCGGGAACAUCUGCGGGUCACCGUGCGCCGUCAACCGGCCCAUAGACAUCGUCCAGAAGCGUAGGCGUUUUGAUGUGGAGAAUGGCCUGUCGGUGGGUCGCAGUCCACUGGACUCUCAGACGAGCCCGGGAUCCGGUCUGGUACUUCAGGGCAACUUCCCUCACAGUCAGCGCCGGGAGUCUUUCCUCUACCGCUCCGACUCAGACUUCGACCUGUCGCCCAAAAAUAUGUCUCGCAACUCGUCCACUGCCAGCGACUUGGAGGAAGGAUUGAAGCAUUGGGAAGUUAAUUGGCUACCUCGGCAUGGAGAAGACAUGAUAGUGACUCCAUUUGCACAGGUUCUGGCCAGUCUGCGAACAGUAAGAAGUAACGUCGCUGCUCUGACGCAUCUCCAAGAUCGUGUCGUGAACAAACGACCAUCGAGCGCCAGUCAGCCGCCGCUGUGCAAACCGUGUCUCUCAGAAGAGCCCUAUCAGAAGCUCACGAUGGAGACUCUGGAAGAGCUGGACUGGUGUCUGGACCAGCUGGAGACGCUGCAGACGAGACACUCAGUCAGCGAAAUGGCGUCCAAUAAGUUUAAGAGGAUGCUAAACCGUGAGCUGACGCAGCUAUCAGAGACGAGUCGCUCAGGGAACCAGGUGUCAGAGUACAUCGCCAACACUUUCCUGGAGAAGCAACAUGACUUGGAGAUCCUGUCUCCGCCUGCUAAGGAGAAGGAGAAGAAAAAAAGGCCGAUGUCACAGAUUAGCGGUGUGAAAAAGGCCACACAAAGCCCAAGCUUAGCGCCUGCUUGCAUCCCUCGCUUUGGAGUCAACACACCGCAUGAGAGCAUGUUGGCAAAGGAAAUUGAGGACCUUAAUCGAUGGGGUAUGGAUAUUUUCAAACUAGCAGAAUAUUCAGGAAAUCGCCCUCUGACGGUGAUGAUGUACUCCAUUUUCCAGGAGCGAGAUCUUCUGAAAACCUUCAAGGUGCCAAUUGACACUUUCCUCACCUUCAUGAUGACUUUAGAGGACCACUACCAUGCGGACGUAGCUUAUCACAACAACAUCCACGCUGCUGAUGUGGUGCAAUCCACCCAUGUUCUCCUGUCCACUCCUGCUUUAGAGGCGGUGUUUACAGACCUAGAGAUCAUGGCCGCUCUUUUUGCAAGCGCCAUCCAUGACGUCGACCACCCAGGCGUCACCAACCAGUUCCUCAUAAACACAAGUUCUGAAUUGGCACUAAUGUACAACGAUUCGUCUGUGCUGGAGAACCAUCACCUCGCUGUUGGCUUCAAGCUGCUGCAAGAGGAAAACUGUGACAUCUUCCAGAACCUCGGCAAGAAACAGAAAGACUCACUCCGGAAGAUGGUGAUUGACAUGGUGCUGGCCACAGAUAUGUCCAAACACAUGAACUUCUUGGCAGACAUGAAGACGAUGGUGGAGACCAAGAAAGUGACGAGUUUGGGAGUCCUGCUGCUAGACAAUUAUUCUGACCGCAUCCAGGUUUUACAGAACAUGGUCCACUGUGCUGACUUAAGUAACCCAACCAAACCACUGGAGCUGUAUCGGAAAUGGACGGACCGCAUCAUGGUGGAGUUCUUCACGCAGGGAGACCGAGAGCGGGACAAGGGGAUGGAGAUCAGUCCUAUGUGUGACAAACACAACGCCUCCAUAGAGAAGAGCCAAGUGGGGUUCAUCGACUACAUCGUUCACCCGCUGUGGGAGACCUGGGCCGACCUGGUGCACCCUGACGCCCAGGACAUUCUGGAUACGCUUGAAGACAACAGGGAGUGGUACCAGAGCAUGAUCCCCCGCAGCCCCUCGCCGACGAGCCCGGACGAGCCUCACGCUGAGGUGGGACCCGCAGCUGGCACUCCAGGGUCAGGAGGAGCCUUCCCUUCAUCGGGAGGAGACAAAUUCCAGUUUGAACUCACCUUGGAGGAGGAGGAGGAGGACGAAGAGGAGGCAGGGUCUGACCUCGAGAGCCCCUUAGAGGAGGAGUCUCAGACCAGUGGAGAUCGGAGACACAAUUCGUCCUCACCGUCCCUGUCUCCAGACCCCCGCAGCGGCGGCGGCAGCAACAGGUACCGUCCUCCCUCCCCUCACCCGUCUCGGACCCUGAGUCUCGCCUCCAUGUCGGUGCGGAGCCCCCACCCUCACAGGACGCUGGGCUCCCCGGGGCCGGAGGCUUCUGACAGGAACAGAGAGCUGAGCCAGGAGGGCGACGGCGUGGCCUGCCUGCCGAUGGGAACGUAAUGACAAGCAGGAGCCGCCCUGCCGCAGAGACAUGAGCGCUGGAGGCUGGAGGCGUCGGCAGGGCGAGCCUUCGCCAAUAAUGUCUGUAAAAUCACCACAGUCCCUUUACACUGGAGACACCUUCUCUGGAGAGCAGAGGAACAACUCGCCUCUGUGCUUUUCUUUCUUUUCCAGCAAGAUGAAAUGUUUUAUCCUCUGUCUGAGUGCCUGAUAGGCCUUCCUGGUUUCCUGCAGCUUCAGCUGAUGAAUAAUUGCUGCAUUUAAACUGGGAAGAGUGGAAUUAAGGCUUGUACUUACACAAAAGGUAACAAAACCUAAAAGGAAACGUCUUCCUCCAAAAUAACUGUGACAUCUGAGCAUGAGCGGCGAAUGAGGACUACAGUGGUGUGACAGGGUUUUGGAAAUGAUUUUGCACCAUCGUUUUAAUUUAGGAUAAUUAAGUUGGAAUAGGUGAGUAUGAUUUAUUUCUUUAAGAAUGGCGUGUGAAAUGAGUCAGUUAACCAAAUACGGGAUGUAGAUGAGAAACUCGACGGACCUAAACCUCAGGGUAUGAAGUGAAGCAUAAACCUAAUGUAGCACAGGUGUACUAAACCCCCCAACCCAACCCCAAACCGUCUUUCCUGUUUGUCCCAUUGAGAAAUGAGACUUUGUCUAAAAUGUCUGUCUUUACAUUUAUUUAAAUCCCUUUAAUAGAGAAUUUGGCAGAUGAAGCAAUCAGAUAUUCAAACCAGCUUGUAGCACCAUGGGAACCGAACACUUUAGACUGAACCCCGGUCUCACCUGUUGCAAAGACACCAAUGUAUAUUUAGUUUGAGCUUUAUUCUAUUUUUUACCUUAUAUUUUAAAUUGUUUAUGUUUUAAUUUCUGUACUGUUCCUCAUUGUAUGUUUGCUGGUCUUGUGUGUUUUUGUGCUGAAGAAAAGCAUUUUUUAAUCAGGGUGCCUCCAGUCCGCAGUAGCACUUUACCGUUCUGCUCUAGUAUUUAGUCACACAAAGGGCUUCACCCACUGUAGGCCUACUGAUCACAAAAAAAGAAACUGUACAGGACAUUGGACUAGAGCUCUCAGAAGGCAGAGCAGGCCACAAAACUUAACAUCUUAUGGACGAGCAUGAACGAUCCCGGGUCUCCAGCAGCUUCUAAAGCUACAAGUUGAAGGUUUCUGUUGUUUUAAUGAAAAUUAAAAUGAUUGUGUAAAC